UUGAUUGUUCAUUCUGUCUUUUGUCAAUCCUCCUCCCCUCACUUUUCAGGCCCCCAGCCUGACCUCCUCGUCGUCCUCGGUAAAAACUACUCUCCAAGUAGUCGAGGCCAACUCUGCUUUUCACCUCGGUGGGGAGUGAGCAAUGGGCCAAGUCGAACCCGUCUCACGCGCGCCAGGAGCCGGGUCUCCAGCGUCUGUGGACCCCCAUCCUCCAAUCGGUUGCAGCUCAGAACUAAAAAUUUGGCCGAAUGCUCUAGUUUGAUACGCGCCCGAGAAUUGAAAAAGAGGGACUCACAAAGGAUAUAUCUUUUCGCCUUCGAUGAUCCUCAUGAUCACCUCUUCUUCUUUCCUCGGGAUAUUUUGUUCCUCUGUCCACAGUUCAGUUUAACCCACCUCUCUGAAUGCAGUAUCGCAUUUGUAUGGCAUUACUACCACCUCUCGGGGGUAGACCGCGAUUCCUACCCUUUUAACACAUGUAAGCUGUUACAGUUUUGUCUGUCUGGCGACAAGAGUACACUGCCCCCAUUCGCCCGACCCUUUCUGGUUCUUCCGCAUUCCUCCUGCAAGCCAUCUUUCAGGCGUGACCUGAUGCCUCCUGUCCAAGAGAUGAUGCCCAUCCUGCUACCCGUGUACAGAUAA